ACCUCUAUCUCACAAUCUAUAUUCUAUCUUUUUUCCUUUAUGAGCAAAAUGACUUCAAGAUCAAGCAGUUACACCAUAGCUGAAGACACAUUAUUGUGUCAAGUGUAUUUAGACAUAACUCAAGACCCAAUCAUCGGCAGAUAUCAAUCUGCAAAUGAUUUUUGGUCACGAGUUGAAGCUAAGUACAAUGAACUGCGUCAACAAAAUCACGAGCAACGUAAUACACGUUCACUGCAUUCAAGAAUGGAUACAAUAACUACUCAGGCACAGAAGCUAAAUGGGUGCGUGAAGCAAGUGGAGAAUUUAAAUCCAAGUGGUGCUUCUGAAAAAGAUAUUCUGGAUCGUGCUAAAGUUUUAUUUAUGCAAGAUCCAAAAUAUUCCAAAGGUUUUAAAUUUGAUCACGUUUGGGAUCAAAUUAAAAAAUUUGAAAAAUUUAAAGAUAAUGUGUCAACUGCAAGACAUGUUGCUCCAAAAAAAAGACAAGUUAAUUAUGAAUCUUCCCAAUCAGACUCCCAUCCACCAUCUCCAAUUUCCUCAUCACUUGGAUUGUCAUCUUCAUUCAAUAAAGAAGUUGAUACUCAUUCCGGGUCAAAUUUUUCAAAACGACCAAUAGGGGUAAAAAAAGCAAAAUUGAAGAAGAAAAAUGAUGAAGACACUACUGAUUUGCUUAAGUCAGUUAAGAGCGACAAUGAGCAACUUAUAGAGAUGUUGAAGAAAUCAUAGUUAGAUCGACAGGAACAAUUGCAAAUCCAGCGACAAAAUAUGGCACACAAAGAACAGAAAAGAGAAGAUAAAAUUAUGUUCAUGGAUUUGAAUUCUAUUCACGAUCCACAAACGCGAGCGUAUAUCAUUGCAGAAAGAUCAAGAAUUUUACAAAAAAAAAAUCUCAAGAAGGAGGAUCAUCACCUAAAUUAGUAUGUACUAAGUAUGUUUUUAAUUAUGUUUUAAUUUUUAUUAUAAUGGUGUUAUUAAUUGUAAUUUUAAUUAUGUUAUUUUCUUAAGUACCAUUUGUUUUCUGUCAUUAUGUUGUUUGGAUUUGAAACUUUAUUUAUAAUAUUGUGUUAUUUAAAUGUUAUUAUAUUUUUUUUUAUCAAA